UAUUUCAAGAAUCUUUCAAAACAGAAACAAAAAGAAGUCAUGGAGAAGAAUGGAAACAACCACAAACUUCGUGUUUGUGUUGCUACUUGCAACCGUGCUGAUUAUUCAAAAUUAGCUCCCAUUAUGUUUGGUAUUAAGGCAGAACCACAGUUUUUUGAGCUUGAUGUUGUAGUGCUUGGUUCCCACCUGAUUGAUGAUUAUGGUAACACCUAUCGUAUGAUUGAACAAGAUGACUUCGAUAUUCAUACAAGAUUGCACACCAUUGUGAGAGGGGAGGAUGAAGCAGCUAUGGUGGAGUCAGUGGGCCUUGCAUUAGUGAAGUUACCAGAUGUCCUGAACCGCCUAAAACCUGACAUAAUGAUAGUUCAUGGGGACAGAUUUGAUGCUUUGGCCCUAGCCACAUCUGCAGCCCUGAUGAAUAUUCGCAUUCUUCACAUUGAAGGUGGGGAAGUCAGUGGGACCAUUGAUGACUCUAUCAGACAUGCUAUAACCAAACUGGCCCAUUACCACGUGUGCUGCACAAGGAGUGCAGAGCAGCAUUUGAUAGCCAUGUGUGAAGACCAUGACCGCAUCCUUUUAGCAGGCUGUCCCUCGUAUGACAAGCUUCUCUCUGCCAAAAAUAAGGACUACAUGAGUAUUAUACGCAUGUGGCUAGGUGAAGAUGUCAAAACCAGAGAUUAUAUAGUUGCUCUGCAACAUCCUGUAACCACAGAUAUUAAACAUUCCAUAAAGAUGUUUGAGCUGACAUUAGAUGCACUCAUCUCCUUCAACAAGAGAACACUUGUUCUGUUCCCUAAUGUGGAUGCAGGAAGCAAGGAGAUGGUUCGGGUGAUGAGGAAGAAGGGCAUUGAACAUCAUCCCAAUUUUCGGGCAGUAAAGCAUGUCCCAUUUGACCAGUUCAUUCAGCUAGUUGCUCAUGCUGGUUGUAUGAUUGGUAACAGCAGUUGUGGUGUCAGAGAGGUGGGAGCAUUUGGCACACCUGUCAUCAACUUGGGGACACGUCAGACAGGAAGAGAAACAGGUGAAAAUGUUCUUCACGUUCGUGAUGCUGAUACACAGGAUAAGAUUUUGCAUGCUCUGCAGCUGCAGUUUGGUAAACAGUAUCCAUGCUCAAAAAUAUACGGAGAUGGUAAUGCUGUCCCAAGGAUUUUGAAGUUUCUCAAAUCUAUUGACCUCAAAGAGCCACUGCAAAAGAAAUUCUGUUUUCCUCCUGUCAAAGAUAAUAUCUCUCAAGAUAUUGACCACAUUCUAGAGACACAGAGUGCUCUGGCUGUGGAUCUAGGUGGAACAAAUCUCCGAGUAGCAAUUGUCAGUAUGAAGGGUGAAAUAGUUAAGAAGUAUACCCAGCUCAACCCUAAAACUUAUGAAGACAGGCUAGAAUUGAUUCUAAAGAUGUGUAUAGAGGCUGCAUCGGAGGCAGUAAAUGUGAACUGCAGAAUUUUGGGAGUAGGUAUUUCCACAGGGGGACGGGUAAACCCUCGAGAAGGAAUUGUGCUUCACUCUACAAAACUCAUUCAGGAGUGGAGCUCUGUGGAUCUCAGAACUCCAAUAUCUGAUGCUCUGCACCUGCCGGUCUGGGUGGACAAUGACGGAAACUGUGCUGCUCUAGCAGAGAGGAAAUUUGGUCAUGGAAAAGGAAUAGAAAAUUUUGUAACACUCAUUACUGGUACAGGAAUUGGAGGUGGAAUCGUUCAUCAACACGAAUUGAUCCAUGGCAGUUCUUUCUGUGCAGCUGAGCUUGGGCAUAUUGUUGUAUCUUUAGAUGGACCAGAGUGCCUGUGUGGUAGCCAAGGAUGUAUAGAAGCAUAUGCCUCUGGAAUAGCAUUACAGAGAGAAGCUAAGAAACUGCAUGAUGAGGAUCUGCUUUUAGUAGAAGGAAUGUCAAUGAAGAAAGAGGAGGUUGUUAGCGCUGCACAUCUCAUUCAAGCAGCUAAACUCGGGAACACAAAAGCAGACAGCAUUCUCAGAACAGCUGGGACAGCAUUAGGCCUUGGAGUUGUGAACAUUCUGCACACCAUGAACCCCUCUCUUGUGAUCCUUUCUGGAGUUCUAGCUAGCCACUAUGUUAACGCUGUCAAAGACGUGAUAAAUCGACAGGCUCUAUCCUCAGUUAAAACUGUGGAUGUAGUGGUCUCAAAUCUAGCAGAUCCUGCUCUUCUUGGAGCUGCUAGCCUGGUACUGGAUUAUACUACACGUAGAAUAUACUAGGUACCUGGAAGAAUUACAGAAAUGAACUAUUCAAAUUCCUAAUGGGUGGAGGGUAUACUUUGCUCAAAACUUCUCUUUGAUGACAGCAGCUACUGAAUCUGAGUAGUGUUCUGAAUACUUGGUGACUACUUCAGCAUUUCCUAGUUGAGAUACUAUCUUUUUUUAUUUUUCGUAAAUUUCAUCCUGACUUCAUAGGAACUAAUGUGCAAUUCUGUUGUUUUUAAUCACCUCUGUUAGUAAGCCCAUAUGUUGCUUUAAGUGCAACUGAAUUAUUUAAGAGCGUAUCUUGAUGUAUGGUAGGAAAUACGUGUAUGGUACGUCAAAUUAGAGGAAACAUUUGGGGAUCGAUAUCUCAUUUCACACCUAUGAGAAAUGAGAAGUCUACAAUGUGACCAGCUUUUCAGGCUUCCACAAAGCAAAUAUGAUGUAAUCACCAAUAGCAGGUAGUAAUUUCAGUGGAUGGAGAUGAGGGAAGCUGCCUCUACAAUCAGAAAGGCUGCAUCUGGAAAUUGUGGUUCAUGAAGGACUUGGUGGAGGCAGUUAUUUAUUACAUCAUCUUCAGAGGGCAGAGUCCCAUUUCAGAAGCUUGCACAUGAAGGAAAAAGGAUGAUGGUCUAGUGAGCUUACAGCCUGCAGAGCAGUCCAAACAAACUGACAAGUGUAGCAGUGAGCAUCUUUGUCUUCUGGCUAUGGCCAACAGUAAAUUACUUGAAUUUUAUUGUUUGGGGGUUUCUCGAGGGACUUGUGUCUACUACUUUGCCAAAUUAGCAGAGAGGAGACUGGUUAUUCUUUGGUAGCCAGUUAGCUGAAAUUCAGUUAUGUGGCACAUCCAAGCGUAAAGACUCUACCUUUCAAGAAAUCUUUUCCACAGCAGAGUGAGAUAGUGCAUCUCCACAGCAGUUCUGGUGGCUGCAGGUACUCUGUUCUUUUCCCGCAUUCACCAUUAGCUCGCAGGAUGGAAAGUCAAAUCUGAGCCUCACCUUCAAGACAUUCAGAAG